GCAGGAUGAUUUGAUUCGGUGGCAGUUUGGGAAAUAUGUGAUAGUUGAUACCAAUGUAACGACCGGCAGCAUGACUGUAUUUGAUGAUGUUCUUGAUGGGAGAUUCAGAGACAGACUGAAGCUGAACAAUCAAACUGGAUCUCUGACCAUCACAAACACCACAAUGAAACAUGCUGGACGUUAUGAAUUACGGACCAUCAACAGACCAAUGAGUGUGGUUUACAUUCUCACUGUCUAUAAAGAAAUAUCAGUGACGGAGGGAGACUCUGUUACUCUAAACUUUAAUCUUACUGAAAUAAGUGAAAAUGACAUUCUGUGGGAGUAUGAAACAGAAACGGCUUUAAUAGCUCACAUCAACAGAACUGCUGGAAGAUUCUCCACAUAUGAUGUUCUUGAUGGGAGAUUCAGAGACAGACUGAAGCUGGACAAUCAAACCGGAUCUCUGACCAUCACAAACAUCACAACUGAACACACUGGACAUUAUAAACUAGAGAUAACUGGAGGAAAACUGUCAUCAAAAGCAUUCAGAGUUUCUGUCUAUGAGGUGUUAGUUGCUGAGGAAAGAUCGGUCACUCUUAACUCUGGUCUUACUGAAAUGACAAAUGAGGGUGUGAUUCAGUGGAGGUUUGGGAGUGAAAACACUUUAAUCGCUGAAAUCAAUAAACAGGCCAACAGCAUGACAGUAUUUGAUGAUGUUCUUGAUGGGAGAUUCAGAGACAGACUGAAGCUGGACAAUCAAAUCGGAUCUCUGACCAUCACAAACACCACAAUGAAACAUGCUGGACGUUAUGAACUGCAGAUCAACGGUGUGAUCAAGCCUUUUAAUCUUACUGUCGCCAGAGUGAAGUUCAUGUCGGUGAAAAAAGACGGUUCUGUCACUCUAAUCAAUGAUCUUACCGAAAUGAUGGAUGUUGAUCUGAUUCAGUGGAGAUUUGGAUUUAAAGGACCUGUAAUUGCUGAAAUCAAUGUACUGGACAAAACCAGCAGUGUAUAUGAUGAUGUUCUUGAUGAGCGAUUCAGAGACAGACUAAAGCUGGACGGUCAGACUGGAUCUCUGACCAUCACAAACACCAGAACCAAAGACAGUAUUUUUGAACUCACGAGCAACCUUAUGAAGACGAUUUUCCUUCUCACAGUCUACAAGGAAAUAUCAGUGUUGGAGGGAGAUUCAGUUACUCUAAACACUGGUCGAACUGAAAUGGAUUAUAAGGAGAUUCACUGGAAUUUUGGACUUACCAACGUUUUAAUAGCUCAAAUCAGUGCAGAGAAAGACACGAGUGAAGUGUAUGAUGCUGUUCUUGAUGGGAGAUUUAAACACAGACUGAAGCUGGAUUAUCAGACCGGAUCUCUGAUCAUCACAAACACCAGAAAUGAACACAGUGGAGUUUAUUAUCUACACACUGACACAGUGAAGUGUUACAAUCUCACCGUCUAUGCUCGUCUGCCGGUUCCUGUCAUCAGCAGUAACUCUUCAAACUGCUCUUCAUCAUCUUCAUCAUCACAGCAGAAUUGUUCAUUGGUGUGUUCAGUGGUGAAUGUGGGUCAUGUGACUCUCUCCUGGUACAAAGGAAACAGUUUAUUGUCCAGCAUCAGUGUGUCUGAUCUCAGCAUCAGUCUCUCUCUACCUCUGGAGGUGGAAUAUCAGGAGAAAAACAGCUACAGCUGUGUGCUCAACAAUCCCAUCAGCAGCCAGACUCAACAUCUGGACAUCACUCAACUCUGUCACACAUGUUCAGACUCUGUCCACUGCUGUGGUUCUACUGAAGCUGUGAUCCGAUUGGUCCUCUCUGCUCUGGUGGGCGUGGCUACUGUCGUUCUUCUGGUUUAUGACAUCAGAUCCAGAAGAGCUGAACAGGAUCGAGCACAUAUUCACUCAUCCGCCCUGGCCCUGUCUCUCCGGGGGUUCGUCAUGGUGGAGCAAAUACUUCUAACCUUCGACCGAUUCGAAGAUCUACGCAACCCCAUGGAGAGGUGUCGCCAUUACAUGUGGCUUUGA